AUGUUGCAGCUAGAAUCAUUGUUAAGAGAUGCCUUCAAAGGGAAAGGAUUUCAGAAAAUAAAUGUAAUAAUACAAGAAAAAGACAAAUAUGUCCCUCAGAAGUGCACGAAACAAUUAUUAAAGCAACUUGACAAAGCUCUUAAAAGGGAAUUGGACAAAAAUGAAUUUUCGAAUGUUUCCCUACUGUUGAAAUGCAUUCAGCUGUACUGUAGAAAUGGUCCUCCGGAAAGUAUAAAUCUGCUUCUUCAGCAAGGAUUGAUACCAAAGAUAAGACACCCAACUUUCAUAUUGCCCAGUGGUAGGGUAGACCUUGUAAGUGAUGCUGUUGAAAUAUGCUCAUUUGAUUUUUGCUUGCAUGUGUCUCCUGUUUACAUGGUUACUUGGUUUGAAAGGACAAGAGAAUUUCUGAGCCUGAUAGAACCCAAAGAAAACAAACACUUGGUAAAUCUUGUUGAGGACUUCUUUAAUGCAACCUUGGUUAUUGGCAAAAACAGCACUGAAGGAAGAAAGCAGUUGCUUGACACGUUCAUACAACACGUGGGACAUUUAGCCACCGAACCUAAUGUGAAUUGUGCCCUUCGACAGGAGGCUCUAAGAACAUUGAAUACACUGUUGGGCAAUGUUACCCGUGAGGAGAAGAAGGCCUUUGCUGCCUCUGAAGAGAUGUGUUUGCUUAUGAAGGAAUUUGUGAAAACUAUUCAGGAUGUUGGUGAUUAUGAUAUUCAGGUUGCUCUUGUUGAAGCCCUGUUUAGGCUGAUGUUGAAAAAGUGCCGAGAUGAUAUGGUGCACAGUUGGUUUGAAGAUCAGUAUGUCACUGAAGUUUUUAGAGAAAUCAAGGAUGGAGACUUUGAGACAGAUAGCAGAAAGUUUCUUAAUGAACUAAAUGAAAGACUUGGUGAUAAAAGAAGGUAA